AACUUUAAUUCCUUCGGUACUCUCGCGCUAGCUAGCUCUAAUAAUCUCACUCUUCGAUCCUUGAUUGGGAGAUAUAUAUAUAUAUAUGGGUGGUUUUAGUUUUGCACAUGGUUUCGUCCUUAUGGUAGCUACUACCAUUUUGUCUGUUUCCUUUUCGGCUUUUGGUGCGGCUGAGAAAGGGCAGCAAUUUCCCGAACUUCUCGCAGAGGGGCCAAAGAGGAUCGUCGUAGGAGGCGAGACUGAGCGGUGGCGCACCAACCUUAACUACACUGAUUGGGCUCUAAAAAAUGGUCAAUUUUACGUAAAUGACACUUUAGUUUUUAAGUAUGAUCCACCGAAUGUCACCGCAAAUUCUGAUCAGCACAGUGUGUACUUGCUACCGGACAUGUUUAGCUUCCGAACUUGUAAUUUAAAAAGAGCGACGAUGGUGGGCAACGUGACACAAGGAGGCGGCGAGGGGUUCCAGUUUGUGUUGGAGGCCGAGUGCCGACGUCAGACUUACUACUUUGCUUGCGGAGAGAAAGACCAUUGUACGAAUGGACAGAUGAAAUUUACUGUGACGCCCGAUCGGUCUCGUUGAUAUAUAUAUAUAUAUAUAUAACGACGGGGAAAGUACCGGUCGAAGUAUUUCUGUGUGCUAGCUAGCCUUUCUAUAUAUUUGUAUCCUCAUCAAAUAAACUCUGAGUUACAAUAUUUGCUUUUAAGAA